GGGUGGGAGGUCAGGGAUGGCCCCGCAGGACUUUUGUGUGGGUGAGCUAGCCUGGCGCCCUCCUACCUUGGCAAUGCCUUCCUGAAGCCCUUCCUCUCACGAGCCCCACGCUUAUAUUCGGGCAAUUACGGGCGCUUUGGUCGCGCGGCUGCCACUGGGCAUGCCCAGUCCCGGGUCACGUGAUGUCUGUCAUGGCCGCCUCCGUGGCCCGGGGAGGCGUGAGUGCUGGGCUGCUGCUGCGGGCGGCCAGGGGAGCCUGGUGGAGCCGGCCCGGAGGCAGUUGGGGGUCUGGGGAGGCGGCGGCGCCAGCGACAGCCAGAGGAUUCCGAGCGACAGCUUCGCACCCGGCGGGGGAGGAGGAAGCUGGCGGCCCCGAGCGGCCCGGGGACGUGUUCCACCUGGCCACCGCGUCCAUCAUCAAGUUUGGCAUCUGCACCUCCAUCUGUCCCCAGGGUGAACGUGGUGUUCGUAGACCGGUCAGGCCAACGGAUUCCGGUGAGCGGCAGAGUGGGGGACAAUGUUCUCCACUUGGCCCAGCGCCACGGAGUGGACCUGGAAGUCUAGACACACUGGCUUUCUUGCUGUUCCUCAAACAAAAAACCAAGUUCGUUCCUGCCUCGGGGCUUUUGCACUUGCUGCUCCAGACAUCUGAAGUACUUUCCCACCAGAUCUUCUGGCUCUCCAUCUCAUCCUUCAGGUCUCAAUGGGCCUGUGAAGCUUCCCUGGCGUGCUCCACCUGCCAUGUGUACGUGAGCGAGGACCACCUGGACCUCCUGCCUCCUCCUGAUGAGCGGGAGGACGACAUGCUGGACAUGGCCCCCCUUCUUCAGGAGAACUCCCGGCUGGGCUGCCAAAUCGUGCUGACUCCCGAGCUGGAAGGGGCCGAAUUCACCUUGCCGAAGAUCACCAGGAACUUCUACGUGGACGGCCAUGUCCCCAAGCCCCACUGACGUGGGCAGCCGUCGUGGCCCUCGGGGCCAGGACUGGAAGAAUAGCCAAGCUGCCCGCCCAGCCCAGAGCGUGGACAGGCCCGAGAGAGAUGUUGGGAGCAGCCAGAAGCCCAAAGCCCCUGCUUCAGAUCCCAUGUCCAGGCUCUGGUUGGGGGAUGGGGUGGGGGGUGGGAGGGGCACCAGCCCCUGCCCGGGAGCCUCCCCCAAACUCAGGAGAAUCAGUGUGUGGAUAGGGUGGAAUCUGACUGGAAUGACAAUAAAACUGUCUCACAGAC